AUGCAGCAGAUAGAAGAUAGCGAUAAAAUAAUCAUGACAUGGGUAAUUUAGAGAAUGAAUAUUUUUUAAAUGAAGGCAUUGAAUGAUUAAGAGCAGAAAGAAUUGAAAUUGCUAAAUUAUUACUUCAUAAUGCAGCAAUUAGAGUAGAAAAAUAGAGAUUAAGAAGAUUAAUAGUUGAUGCUUCAUAAGAAGAUCAAUAAGUAUUAUAAGAACUGUAAAAAAAAAUAAUUUUUCAAUUUAAAUGUCUUAAUUUGGAGAUUCAUCAGGAAUAUCUAGAUCAACAAUUAGUCCUGAUAAAAAAUAUUUAGCUACUGCUGGUGGAUCUGGAGAAUGCAAAUUAUGGGAUAUAGAAACAGCAACAUUGAAAUCAAGUUUAUUAGUUCAUUUAACUAAAUGA